UACAAUGGACACCACAAGCAGUGUGUUGAAUCUGGUUCACCUUACAUGUUUUUGCAGUCAGAGUAUGUGUACAUAUUGUUCUGUUAUGUUGUGAAAGGUCUUUUACCUCAUAUAUAUCUCCAUUGUUUUUAUUUUUCUCUGUAUGUGUGUGUUCAUACAGAGAAUGUCCUUCAGUGAACAUAAAUAGUUGUAUCUGAGUCUGAGAUACCCGUUAAAGUUUGAGGAUUUUCUGAAAAAUGUAAUGUAUUUUUACAGCUGCACAGUUUUUGGUUAUGCAUAAUACACUGUGCCUGUUUAAAAAUUUUGUUCUAAUUUGAGUCAUAGAUUUUAUUGUAAUAGUCCUUGUUGUUUCAGAUCUGAACUUGGUCGAUUGGAGUCCGAACAACAUUCUGGCAUUUGCUCUUAACACCAGUGUGUAUCUGUGGAAAGCUGGUACUGGUGCUACUCAGAAGUUGCUCAGUCUGGAAGGGAGUGAUUUUGUGUUCUCUGAGUUGGAUGCAAGAAGGAGAUUGUCUCGCUGUGGGAACAAGUAUGGGAGUUAUACAGUUGUGGGAUUGCAGCAACAUGAAGCGAGUACGUAUCAUGGGCGGUCACUCGGCACGUGUCAGCUCUCUGUCGUGGAAUUCCUACAUUCUGAGCAGUGGUUCUGGUAGUGGUCAGAUAAUUCACGAUGAUGUUCGACGGAGAGAUCACAGUGUGGCUGGGUUUUCCUCUCAUACACAAGAGGUUUGUGGACUAAAGUGGUCUCCAGAUGGUAGAUACCUAGCUAGUGGUGGAAAUGACAAUAUGCUGUACAUUUGGCCAGUUGUUGCAGGACGAGCUUACUCACAACACCAACCUUUAUACUCUCUCAGGUAAGUAGAUACUUGACGAUGUAGUUUCGUAUUUGUGA